AUGAAGGUUCACUUUAGUCUAUUAUUCUUUGCAGCUUUUAUUAUUUUAAUUCAGGAUGUUAAGUCAUCAGAUAUAAUUUUGAAUGAGAAUUACUUAAAUGUUUCUGAGACAGAAUCUAUUCUUGGAAAUUUGGAAGUCAUUAAAAAGGAGUACAAGGAAGGAAGGAAUCUGACUAACUUGAUUCAGCAAUUUCAAAAUUCUAAUGAAGAGAGAUUCCUCUCUAAUAAUUUAGUUAUUAAUAAGACUCUGAAAUCAGAUCCUUGGGAGUUAAUUGAAGCUGCUAUGAAAAAUACUACUGUAACAACACCAGCCCCUCCCUUUAACAGUUCUUCCACUGGAGCAUGUAUAAAACUUGCUUCAGAUGUAGAAAUCAUUUUUGGAUCCUUCAGAAGUCAGUUCCAGGAUGCAGUUGCAAAAUGCUCCAGGAAAUCUCUUGGGAGCCACAAAAACACUUUUAGGUGCAUCUCAAAACUUAGUUUUAAUGGUCAAAAAUUAUCUGAUGAGUGUAAUGAUUGCUGGGCAAAAACUGCCCAUUGUGGAGUUAAACAUUGUGCUUCUCAAUGUUUGUUCAGCACAUGUGUUACCAAAUGUCAGAGAUGUUCAACUAGGGAAUGUUCUAAGGUGCUUAACGAAUGUGCAGGAACUGUUUGGAUGCCCUUACCUUGUGGUUUGAGCCCCCAUGAUCCAAUUCCUGACAACUUCAAAGUGAGCGACCCCAAGUAA